AUGGCUACAUUAGACUGUUAUAGCUUAAUGAUUGUGUCGAAGUACUUUCAACUGUUCUCUGACUACGAGAACGUCGAAUGUGUAUGUAAAAAGUUUGCGCACAACAUGGAGAGGUUUCACUAUAACCCAAUCCCGAUGAACAAGAAGACACGGAAAUUCUUCCCGAAGGUCGAAACACAACACUUGUAUUCGAAGAAUGAUAUUUGGUUCAACGACGGGUUGAUAUUUAAACAUGUCAUAUGGUAUGAAGUGUUUUACCAUAACACAUUCCCACAGAAAGAGCACGGAAACGUGUGUAAAAGAAUCUUAUACACAGAGAUGGACAGACUCAUGAACGGUAACUCGACAAUACCAAAUGACGUGUGCUCAUUGGGAAAUAGAUGUUACCAAUUCGCAAAUGUAAAGGAACUUGUGAUACCGCAAAAUGUGACUUCAUUACUGAAUGCUUGCUUCUAUGGGUGCGUUCAAUUGACGAAAUUACAACUCCCAACAACAUUGAAUUCUGUUGACGUCAAUGCUCUUAUUCAAUGCACUAACUUGAUCAAUUUGAUCAUUCCAAAUUACUUGGCAACAAUUAACAAUAAUGUCUUAUUCGGCAAUGAAAGGCUCUUGGGACUGAAUGUAUUUUCAGAGCAAUUUAACGUGAAUGGCAAGAAAAUUCAAACCACAAAACAAGUCACUUCUUUCACUGUUCCAAACUGCUUUACUGGAAUUGGAACUUCGUGUUUUGCAAAUUGCGAAUCGUUGCAAACCAUCGUCAUCCCACAAAACGUCUUGUAUAUUGGCAAAAAGUGCUUUGCACACUGUGACGCGCUCCGAACAAUAAUCAUUGGAAAAGGAAUGAACCAACUGAUAUCGGAGUCCAUCGAUGAGUCUUCACACAUUACAUUCCAGUCACUCUAA